AUGGGGUCUGAACAGCCUGCUGCCCUGCUCGAGGGCCGGCGCAUCUACCUCGGCAACUUGCUCUAUGUUGUCCAGCCGGUCGAAGUCGAAGACGCGCUCGUGAAGAACGGCUUCGGAACCUACCAAGAUAUCCACAUCUCUGUAGACCCAGUGACUGCCCGAAACCCCGGCUACUGCUUCGUUGACUUUCCCGACCGCGCCACAGCCGAGCGCGCCCUCACAUCUCUCCACGCCAGCAUCCGCGGCAGACCCCUAAAGGUUGGCCCCUGCGAACCUAAGCAGAAUGCACGCGGCGGGAACAACAGAUGGAAGAAUAGCAACGAGUCCAGUAGAGCGGAGCCCGCCUUCAAAAGAUGGGGCAACUGGUCUGGGCAGAGGACCUCGUCGUCGAGGGACGCCGAUGAGGAGGGUAACGGGGUCACGAUCGGAAUGAUGGAACAGCGUGGCAUUGAGCAAGGGCCGUACGGGGCUAUUAAACAUUUCAACCAGUUUCUGACAACGGGCGGCCGGCGGCUUUAUGUCGGCGGGCUGGGCAAGAUGAUUGACCAGCAGCACAACCAGGAUGAAGUGCGAGAAAUUCUGGCGGGCUUGAACCCUAUCGCCAUCAGUAAGCGUAUCACGCCGCACCCAUCCACGGAGAGCAUGCCCGGGAAACAUCAUUACUGCUUCGUUGACUUUGCAACCGCCCAAGAGGCUUACGCGGCCGCAGAAGCGACAAACGGGAGAUUCUGGGCCGGUGGACGCCUGCGAGUCAGCAUUGCCAAAGACGUACCGGACAGGCUCAGGAAACGCGGCGCCCCGGCCGAGGACAAUGCGGUUUGGCGGAAAAAGGUUGCUCAAGAUGAUCCACUCCCGGCGGGCCAGCAGUCGUCAUGGCGCAGACGUUCUACUAAUGAUCACAACGGCGGCGGAACCUCUCAACGCAUUGGAUCUCUUGAAUCUGCAAGUUGGCGUUAG